UUGAACGUGUGGGCACGGAAUUCCCGCUGCCGAUGGUUGCUGUUAAGCAUAAAACAAGAACUGUGAACUGUUAUAUAUUUAUCUUUGAGAAAUAAUAAACUUUGUGUUGUUUUCAAUUAUAUUAUCGGGUAUAACCUGUCCUAUUUACUAAUUCAAUUCACAAAAGCAAUAUUCAGUAUUAAGAUAAUUGUAGUUGAAAUACGUCACUUAUAUUUCAAUUUGCUGAUACUGAAACUGUUCAUAAUCAUCUUUGUGUUCUCCGUUUUAGAGUUGUACAUUUGACGACACUGAGGUGGUAUAUUUCUGUAACUAACUAGUAAGAACAUCGAAUGAAUGCUUGACUGAAGUUUCUGCAAUAAGUCUGUAGGAAGGUAUUCUUCAAUUGAUAACCAAUAUUGAAUGAAAUAUUGUUAAGUUUUAACGUAUCCAGCCUGUUUCUGCUGCUGCGAAAGCAUAACGAACAGUUUGUAACAAUUGCAAUUUAUUUUGUGUGAAUAUUAGAACCACGUGUGUUGGUAUAUAAUUUUUUUCGCAGACUUCGGACAAACUCGAUUAACUUCGUUGACAAUGGCGGUAGGGAAAGCGGAAUCUAGAAAUGGCCACGAGUUGGCACCACUGAACGCGCGAAACAAUGGAACUGCGGGACCCGGCGUUACGAUUGUUGUGACACCAUCGCCACAAGGAGGCGGAUCUCACAGGAAUAGCGUCGUCACGGGCGACAUCGACGUCGACGGAGAUCGGGCAGCAUGGAGCAACAAGAUGCAGUUCUUCCUGAGUAUCAUUGGAUAUUCAGUUGGACUGGGGAAUAUUUGGAGGUUUCCUUACCUUUGCCAGCAGAACGGGGGCGGAGCCUUCCUGAUUCCCUUUGCUGUGAUGUUGGUCCUGGAGGGAAUCCCCUUGUUCCUAGUGGAACUGGGGAUGGGGCAGAAGAUGCGGCUGGGCUCCUUGGGGGUCUGGAACACAAUCCAUCCCUGGCUCGGUGGCAUUGGCAUCGCCAGCUGCGUCGUCACCUUCUUUGUUGCUCUCUACUAUAACGUCAUCAUCACUUGGUGCUUCUACUACCUGUUCAACUCACUGCAGAAUCCAUUACCUUGGUCAUAUUGUCCAGAAAUAAAUGGAACAAUUGCGGCUGAGUGUGAAAAGUCAUCAGAAACCGCAUACUUUUGGUACCGUACAACACUGGAUGCAGCUCCAGAUAUUGACAACAAUGGUGGCCUCAAGUGGUGGAUUGUCAUAUUACUGUUCUUGGCCUGGAUAACUGUCUUCUUCAUUGUAAUGAAGGGCAUCCAGUCCUCUGGAAAGGUUGUAUACUUCACAUCAAUGUUCCCAUACCUUGUGCUCACCAUUUUCUUCAUUAAAGGGUUAACUUUGAAAGGAGCCAGUGCUGGACUUAUCCACAUGUAUACACCAAAAGUGGAAAAAUUACUGCAGCCUACAGUGUGGUUGGAUGCAGCUACACAGGUCUUCUAUUCAUUUGGACUGGCAUUUGGCUCUCUGAUAGCAUUUGGCAGCUACAAUCCACCGAAGAAUAACUGUGUUCGUGAUGUGAUACUUGUGUCCAUAGCAAAUGCUUUCACAGCUAUCUAUGCUAGCGUUGUCAUAUUUGCCAUUCUUGGAUUCAAGGCCAUGACAAACGUCGACAGAUGUAUACACAUGAACAAGGAAAUACUGGUUCAUUUACACAUGCUCAGUGACAUGAAUGCAACAACAGAGGAGUAUGACAUUGCAUAUGAGAGUGUGAACAACGUCACAUUUCAUUCUUCUGGCAUGAAAGUCUGUAGCCUGGAGGAGCAACUUGAUCAGGCAGCUGAAGGGACAGGCUUGGCAUUCAUUGUGUUCACUCAAGCCAUUGUGGAACUCCCAGGAGCCCCAUUCUGGGCUGUUAUAUUUUUCCUCAUGCUCCUGGCACUUGGUCUUGGCUCACAAAUUGGAAUUCUGGAGGGCAUGCUCUGCACAAUCUUUGAUAUCGACAUUUUCAAGAGGAUGCGCAAACAGUACAUCACAGGUGUGGUAUGUGUCACAUGUUUCUUCGUGGGCCUCAUAUUCUGUACAGGUGCAGGCGAAUACUGGCUCAAAUUAUUUGACUCUUUUGCUGGAACAAUUGGCCUUGUGUUGGUAGCCUUGCUGGAAACACUUGCAGUCAUGUAUGUCUAUGGUCAUAAGAAAUUUACACAAGAUAUAGAAGACAUGACAGGUUAUAGACCAGGAUUGUACUGGCAAAUCACAUGGAGGUUUCUUGGCCCUCUGCUCAUGACAGUUAUUCUAAUAUCAUCACUGGUAUUCAUGGUCAUUAAUAAGCCAGAAUAUCAUGCUUGGAAAGCUGAAGAAGGCAAAACUGAAAAGGAACCAUAUCCUGAUUGGGUGUUGGUGAUUGCUGGACUCAUGAUCACAGCAGGCGUUCUGCCAAUGCCUGUCGUGUUCAUACUGCGACGUUGCCAGUGCCUCAAAUUUGACCUUGACAUCCACCAGGGUGCCAUUCGACGCAUUGACACAACUGUAUCCACCAAGGAGAUGAUGGGAGACGUAGAUUUGGAGGAGUACCAUGAUUUGCCUCAAGAUGGAUCUGAUGAUUUCAACGAUGAGGAUGAAGACGAUACACCUGUGGCUGUACCCACGAAGAGGCUAGGUGGAAAGAGCUUCCACAUGCAAGUUAUGGAUGACUGAUCAAGUCCUACAUUAUUACAGGCUACAUUAAUAAUCCCUUAAAUUAAGGGAAAUGAAUCUGGUCUGAUACAAUAGAAAGACCAAAAGAAACUGAUUAGUAAGGCUGCUAUUGCAUAAGCCAGUGGACAUGUGUGACAUGCGUCACUCUUCUGAUUUAUGGUGUAUGACAAGCUCAGUAUAGGCCAGUCAUCUAGUGAAAACAAAGUGAAAACAAAAUGGCAGUGCACUAUUACAUCUGCAUUAACAUGAAUUACAAAAUUCCGUAAUUACAUUAGCAUUGCUAUACCACAAUGAAAGACAUUGCUCUUUGUGCUCACUGUAGUAGAGGCUAAAUAAAUAGGGUAUCAGGUUUAAUGCUCUAUGUAGAUGCACUAGUUGGAGAGUGACUUUGUGAGAGGCUAAGAAACAGAAGCUCUAGCAUCUGAUGUGAAGGAUGGUGUCUGGAAUACAAAUGAUCUAGUGUCAUAAGUAUACAUAAGCAGUUGAUGUAGGCCUGCGUGACAUAUUUAUUAGACAUAUUGCCAAACUCAGUUAAAAUUAGACAUACUCCACUGUAGGAAAUCCUGUUAGUGUUUCUUAACUGUUUGACACAGCUCACAUUCGCUACCCCUGCUGCAGGAGGAUCAGUCUUUGCAUGCGACCUCAUUGAGUGAAGGAAGCUAUGUAUAUCUAGAAUUCUGAAGUAGUUCCUUUGUAACUGGCAGUUAAAUCAACAGCCUCCACUUCCUAUCUUCUCUCUGACACUAGGUCAUUCAGAUGCUGGGAAUCCCAUAAAGCAGAAGUUUUCAGCGGAAGUACAGAAUGCAACACUGUCUGCUGAAAUGUCAGCCAUUCCCUGAGAAAAAUAUUACAUAAAUUUUACAUAUCAUAAUAUGAUGCCAUAUAAGUUGGGAAGUUGUCCUGAGUGCAGACCUUCUCGUGGUCCACCAUGGUACCAUAAAAGGUUAAGAGGAAACUCGAACUCAUACAAAUGACAGGGACGAUGUUGUUGCAAUCCAGAUGGCAGAAGCCAAUGUAUUAAUGAUUUACAUAGAACAAUCUGAAGUCUAUUAUGGUCCAAUAUAAUUUACUUGCAGCUUUAUAUGUUACCCUGUGAUUGCUCAUGUCUCAUGUUUCGUAGGCCAAGCAUUGGAUUUCUACAAUACUGUUAUAAUAACCAGAGCCAUGGCAUUCAGCCCUGUAGAAACAGAUUUCAAUUUCCCUAUCCAGGGUUUAAACACAAAUAUUAUGUUUUUGAUCAUUAUCCAUCAUCUUGUCUUUAUCUAAAAACUGUCCUGUUUAUUU